AUGAAUCAUCACCACAUGAGUUCAUUGGCAGGUUCACACAACACUCCGAUGAUGAUGGACCACUCCAAUCAUACCAUGAAUCAUACGAUGGGAGGUAUGCCCAUGUAUUUUGUGAACUCGUAUCAAGUUUCUCAUUUAUUGUUUGAACCUGUGGUGAUUGAAUUGUGGUGGCACUAUUUGUUAGCGAUUUUAAUUUGUUUCGGCUUGUCGAUAUUUAAUCAGUUCUUGGUGUUUUUGGUGAAGAGAAAGGUGACCAUUCCGAAAAUUAAUGAUGAGGAUGAAUACAGAAAUUUGGAAAACAAUAAGAAGAAGAGAAGAAAGAAAAUGAUUGCCUAUUCGUGGUUCAUCUUGAAACCAUUGAUUUAUUUGGUACAAAAUGGAUUGGGCUAUCUCUUGAUGUUGGUCACCAUGACCUAUAAUAUGGGAUUGUUUUUGGCUGUUGUUGCUGGUAACACUGUCGGAUGGACAAUUUUCUCAAUGAGCAGCAAUAUUGUCCCAGAGGAUUGCUGCUCCAACUAA